CAGGGACCGCGCCGCUCCUGCCGGGGCUGCCCGCGCCGAGGACCUGCCUCUGUCGUCGCCGCUUCCGCCGCCCAGGGAGGCAGUCUGAGCUGGACCAGCAGGGGUUCUGUCCUUUGACAUUCUUGUUUGUGAAGAUGGAAAACUUAAUAUCUCUGGAGUCAAGGUUUUACUUGAGAUAACUGAAACCUUGUGUCUUAAGUUUCCCCACAAGAACACCCCCCCCCCAAGAUGGCAGAGGAGGGCAGCACCACCAGGGACUGCGAGUCCUUCAGCGUACUCAACUGGGAUCAGGUCAGCCGGCUGCACGAGGUCCUGACCGAGGUCGUACCCAUCCAUGGACGAGGCAACUUUCCAACCUUGGAGCUAACCCUGAAGGACAUCGUGCAGACCGUGCGCGGCCGGCUGGAGGAGGCCGGCAUCAAGGUGCAGGACGUGCGGCUGAACGGCUCUGCGGCUGGCCACGUCUUGGUCAAAGACAACGGCCUGGGGUGCAAAGACCUGGACCUCAUCUUCCACGUGGCUCUUCCCACGGAGGCGGAGUUCCAGCUGGUCAGAGAUGUGGUGCUGUGCUCCCUUCUGAACUUCCUGCCUGAGGGUGUGAACAAGCUCAAAAUCAGCCCCGUCACCCUGAAGGAGGCGUAUGUGCAGAAACUGGUGAAGGUGUGCACGGACACGGACCGCUGGAGCCUGAUCUCGCUGUCCAACAAGAACGGGAGGAACGUGGAGCUGAAGUUCGUCGACUCCAUCCGGCGCCAGUUCGAGUUUAGCGUGGACUCCUUUCAGAUCAUCCUGGAUUCCUUGCUCUUUUUCUACGACUGCUCCAGCAGCCCCAUCUCCGAGCACGUCCACCCCACGGUGAUCGGGGAGAGCGUGUAUGGGGACUUCGAGGAGGCCUUCGACCACCUGCAGAACAGACUGAUCGCCACCAAGAACCCCGAAGAGAUCCGGGGCGGGGGGCUGCUCAAGUACAGCAACCUCCUCGUGCGGGACUUCCGGCCCACAGACCAGGAAGAGAUCAAGACCCUAGAGCGUUACAUGUGCUCCAGGUUUUUCAUCGACUUCCCAGACAUCCUCGAGCAGCAGCGGAAGCUGGAGACCUACCUUCAAAACCACUUUGCCGAGGAGGAGAGGAGCAAGUAUGACUACCUCAUGAUCCUCCGCAGGGUGGUGAACGAGAGCACCGUGUGCCUCAUGGGCCACGAGCGGAGGCAGACCCUGAACCUCAUCUCCCUGCUGGCCUUGCGCGUGCUGGCAGAGCAGAACAUCAUCCCCAACGCCACCAACGUCACCUGUUACUACCAGCCGGCUCCCUACGUCAGCGACGGCAACUUCAACAACUACUACGUUGCCCAUCCUCCAGUUACCUACAGCCAGCCAUACCCUACCUGGCUGCCCUGUAACUAACCUUGAGACCUGAGGGUUUCCACAGUGGGAACCCCUCACUAGGGCAAGGGCUCUCAGGUAGGGGAGCCUCCUUCUAGAUGUAGGUGUUUGGCUUUUAAAGGGGAACUCAGCUCUGACUCUGCUUUUUUUUUUUUUUUUUCUUUGUGCACCCAUUGGAAUGGGUCUCCAGCAUAUCAUGAGCCAACCCUGAAGGGACCCAACAUUCCAGUGCCACUUUGGAAAACACUAUAGGAAGUAGGACCCAUCCACAUCUUUCCAGGAAAGACACUAACCUGCCAUGUCCCAAGCGUCCGCAUGGGGAGAUUGGAGCUCUGUGCGCCAAUGGAACCUCAGAGAAUGCUUGGGCAGUGUUUCUUAUCACUCCAGCCUAGAGUAGGCUCUGUUGGCCCUCACUUGGGAUUCUCAGCUGUUCUAUGAAAGUUGUGGCUGUCGUCUUAUUUUCUUGUGCCAGUUCUAGCCAGGCAGAAAAUGGUGGACAUGAGAGUGGUCUCGUGACUUCAUUUUUGUUGAAGGGACUGAAUUGCUUAUGUGGGCAGAGCUAAGGAUUUCUUUCACGAAUAAACCAAAGCCGGUAGCUGGAGAAUUGAGAUCUGGUUGACAGUGGUUUAUGGUUUAGAUGCUGUGCUCUCACGAGCAACCGUGAGAUAUUGUUGAGGAAAAAAAAAAAAAUGACCUUUUCUUGAAAUGUAACUUGAAAACAAAAUAAAAUGUGGAACAUAAUGUUAAAGCAGAAUUGUGGUGGUGGCGGUGGGGUGGGGGAGGGGGGCUGAUGUAAAUAGGAAACGUGAAUGUUCAAUUUCUUUUCCCCUUUAAGGAAUUAUUAUUGAAUGACACUUUUUUUUUCUCUCUCCCUCAGCAGCUCAUCACUUUAGUUUUGCUUUUCCUAAGACUAAGGGUUGUGCUGAGUCUAAAGGCCUUGUAGGAACUGACGUGUGAGGGUCUUCCCAUGUUUUAAUUGGAAACCCAUUUUGGUCACAUUCCAAGUAUGACAAGCUGUUUUUCUGGAGUACCUUGGCUGAUUAUUUUUUGUUUGUUUUUGUUCUUUCUUCAAAAAGUGGUGAUUUCCUUCUCUGGGCUUUUUUUGGGCAGCAAAUGAAUUCAGGAUUUUCAAUAGAAGUGAAUGACCUGUGAGCUGACCUGCUGUUGUGGGCAGAGUUCUCUGACUUAAGAUUGCUUUAGAAUCGAACCUGCUGUCCCUGUGCAGAGGCUUAGCGCUCAGGAGGGCUCCAUGUGAACUGGAGCAGCCAGGGCACCUUGAAAUGAUUAAUUCUGUUCUAUUUGGGGAAGAGUGGAGUAAAUGAAGAAUGGUCCUCCUUAUUCUGGUAGAUUUGACCAUACUUGUUUAUGUUCUGCACUUUAGAAGGAUAACAGUGUUAAUCUCCAGUCUAAAGCAAGCUCGGUAAAUGGGAGAGAGUUCUAGGCCACUGCUUUCCCAGUAGAUUUAGAUAAGGGAUUUUGUGUCUUGAAACUUUUGUGGGAUCUCUUAGAAAGCAUCAUUCCUAGGGUAUGGAGGACAAAGGGACUUUAGCUUCUUCUAAAAAGUGAUUCCAUCAAAUCCACGCUCCUGAUUUUUCCUUUCUCCUGUGGCCCUAAAAAUCCCAAACCCUGGAUGAUUGUUUUCUUUCCUCCUUGCUUUAAGUGAUGAGGAUACCUUAAUGCAGAAAUGCUUAGCAGGAAAUGUGUGGUUUACCUUUUUCUAAAGAUGGUAUUUUCAGGGUUGUUUUUUUAUUUUUUUUGGAAUGUGAUGUCUCGGUCCUCUUAAACAGCAGGUUGGGCAUGACUGAACCCCAAGGCUUAGCUGGUAUCCGAUGUUGUGCUACACUAGGUGAAUAGAAGCCAUUUCUGUGUGUAAGUGAGCAGCUGCAGUUUCCCUGUGAACCAUAGUUCCGUCUAAAUGCAUUGGCUUUGAGUCCAGGCCGGUCCUACACUGAGCUUCCCAGUAGCUCCCCCCAACCACAACAUGCUUCAGGGUUAGAAGAGGUGGGAAAUGAAGAGUGAAUCCCAACUUUAAAAACUACGUGCUCAUCCAUGACAUUAAAAGGCCGCCAUGUGUCUAAUGGCAACAUCUUUGCACAAAAAUGACAGAUCUGUUUAACCAAAGCCUUGAGAUGUGAUGAAGCCACCAACAUAAGCACUUGCUAACAGAAGUCAGUCAGUACUGCUUCUACUAGAAGGCUUGAUCAGGGUGAUGAGGUGCCAGAUGAAGAUAGAAUCAGAACCGCAUCAAGUAAUUAAAUUUCCACUUCGCCCUUGGAGUUCUUUCUGCUUAUAUAUAUAUAUAUGUUUUUUUUUUUCUAACUGGUACUAGUCUUCCUCUGAAGACGAAGAGAAGCACAAACGUCACUAGAAAUUACCAGUCUCCUCCCUCAACCCCCAAGUUCUUUACCACCAUUGCACGAUGACCAUCUUGGUGCAAUCUGUUCACCUGAAGUUCUUAGCUCUGCCAUUUUAGAGUCUGAAGGUAGACACAUGUUCUAGAACCAUCAGGGUAAAAGGCUGCACUGAACAAAGCUGCACUUUUAAAACCUCACCCUGGUCCAGUGGUGUCUCUGCCUCCUCUACAAGGCCUUUGCCGGCCUCAGAACAGGCCAGGUAACCUUGAAUUUCAGGUGUUUGGAAAUUCCAGCUGAAACCUGCCUUUCAUGCUGCUCACACAAGCAUCAGGUACUCUGAACUGGUACCAAGACCAGUGAUUCCUCUUUUUUUAUGUGUGUUGAGUAACAUGAAAUUUGGCAGUGGCCAAGGGCACUAAAGUUCAAGUACGAAUUCUAAUAUAAAUUCUAAUACAAAUUCUAAGCAGGCUCAUUUGCUUCAGGACUCUGAAGUUCUCUGAUGCUUUCUGCAAGUAUGCAGCUUGUUUUCCUGGCCUCCUUCUUGGAAUCCGUGUGAGCAGCAGUGCGAUUAAAACAGUACCGUUUCCCCUUGCGUGGGCAGAAAGGCACAGCCUAAAUUCCUGGCCUUGAGCUUGUAUCACCCUUAAAUUUUAUUUUGGCAGUAAGACACGAUUCCUCACUCAACUUCAGCUCUGAAACUAAACUCUUUAUCAACUCACACCUUCAAAUCAGGGUUCCUGCUAACUGUGAGCUGUGGCAUGGUCCACACCUGGGAGCACCUGGCCACUAGGGAGAGUCAGGGAGGAAGGAUGCUGGGGCCCCGCUUUGUUCUAACAGUUGUGGUUUGGUAGUCAGGUUCCCCCCCCCACCACCACACACACCCCGGUUUGAUUUUUCCCUGGGGACUGGAGUCACUGUGAGCUCUGUGUAAACUCAUGUUUUGUGGUGACAUAACAAUAAUCAAAUCGCUAAUGCCCUGAAACUUCUUUUCCUUCCACCUCCCUGCGAGCACUAGCUCCUUACCUUCAUGGUAGGUUAGGAUCUUAACCAGCACUGCUUUGUUAACUUUGAGAAAUGGUGCCACUCAAGAGCAACUUCCUAACUUUAGGGAUACCUCUUUUCUAGUUAACUUUGUGAUACUGGUGCCUUAUUUUAGGAUGCACCUCGAUUCUGAGCUCAAAUGUACUGAUAGUUAUCCAUCUGUGGGCAGAGGACCUCGUAGCUCACUGGGGACCAUUAUUUCCUGGGUAUCAGACUGGGACUUUAUGUGAGGGAGGACCCUUCUGCUGGAUUCUGUAAGGUGAACAACUCCUGUUUGCUGGGGUUGGAUUCAGAUCCUUAAUCUGGCAGAGACCAGAAUGUCACAGCUGAUUUUGGAACAUGUUCCAGUUCAGCCAGUUACAUGCAGAGGACCAAGGGAGGUAAUGUAGGGAGGAUGUCUUUUAAAAGACCUGGCAACUUUUCAGGAUUACUUGUGGAGACUCCCCAAGGUGAGGAUCAGGAAAGAAAAUGUGUUUUUUUGUUUUGUUUUGUUUUGUUUUUGGUGAGUUCUAAAUCUUGUUUACCUAUCACUUUUUCGAAAAUAGUUUAAGUGUAAGCUAAAGGUAAUGCUUGGAGGUUUGCUUGGACUGGUGAGAGUUGGUACAAAUUGUCAUGUGUGUUUGUAUAGGAAGGUGAGAAGACAAUCCGCUAAAGAGGAAGUCGUUAAGUAAUAUGGAUAUGUGGGCGUUUUAAAACUCAAGCCAUCUGGCCUCCCCCUGCCACCCAAAGAAUUAAAAAAAUUAAAAAAAGCUGCUUUAGGAAAAUUUAUCCAGUAAUUUCCAAAUUAAUAUAGACGAAAAGCAAGAUGCUCAUUAGACUGAAUUGGAAACUUUUUGUUAUUCUUCAAAGCAUAGCCUUCGAAAUUCUAAUUUCUUAGUGAUGCCUAAGAUAUUUGAGGUUUCCUCUUUGGUGCGAUGGCCACUGACCUUCUUACGUGAUGAAGGUGAAAUCACUUGUCAAUGCAAACUGUAUUAGAAGUUGAUGAAAUAAAGCUUUGAGUUUGAGAAAUAAAGAUAUAUU